UUUGUAUAUGAGUUUAACUGGUAUACGAAGUAGCUAAAUAAAAUUAAAUAGGCUUGGUAAGGUGAUGUUCCAAAGUUUGAUACAAAGUCCACUAGUCAUAUUACCCUCUCAAUAUAUGAUCUUAAUUAACCAGAUUGGAAUAUAGUCGCCUUUUUAUUGAUUUUCUGAUUGGCAUACAGAAUAUUACUUCUGAGGUAAGCUUAAAUAAUUAGCUUAUCUGAAUUAGUUUACAUACAACUUGUUCUGUACUGUUGCCUAUUUGGAAAGUUCACUAAGUAUAGUUUGUUUAACCUUAACAUUGUUUUCAGGGGGACCUGAAAUUAUAACACUUAUUAUUCCCAGUGACAGUAAUAAGCCUGUUUCAAGUAAAUCUAAACCCUGUCCAUUAUAUUUCCUGGAUUCUAUUUUUAACUGUUAAUUGAUUUGUUCAGUUAAUGUUUCGAAUACAGGCCAUCUUUAUGCGUAUUUGGCUAGGAUAUUUGAGGCUAACAGCCCACUUAAACCAUACAUGUGAAAUGGUGAACUCGUUAUUCAUGAUCAUUUUUUUGACCUUGUUUUCUUUUUUUCGGCAGAUUAUUAUUUUUUUUAAAGAAAGCUGUCAUUUCUUGUUUUUAUUAACCUUCAACAGUGCAUAUACGCACUGGAUGCACUGUGAAUAAAUUGAAACUUCUUUUUUUGCAACUGUUCAUGAGUAAGACCGUAAUCAUUUAAUUGUUGUAAAUCUAUAAAUUGAAUUUAUUUUGCAGUGCAACCUGAAAACCCAUCACUUUUCGUUCAGAUUGGCGUUGAACACAUAUGAAUGUUGAUUUAUAUUCCUAUUGUCUUGCAUUUAUCUGUUGGUAGUUGCAGUCUAGGCAUUCUUCAGUAUCAUUACUACCGCAUUCUGUUUAGAUGUAGGUUUUUGAAGCGAAAAAUCUUGUUCCAAUGGAUCCAAAUGGUUUGGCAGACCCGUAUGUAAAAAUCAAACUACUGCCAAGUGAUGAAGGGAGUAAAUCCAAGCUGAAGACAAAAGUCUGUCGAUGCACACUGAAUCCCGUAUGGAAUGAAACAUUUUAUCUCGGAAUAUCAAACGAAGAUCACUGCAAACGCCUUUCGAUCGAGGUAUGGGAUUGGGAUCGCACGUCAAGGAAUGAUUUCAUGGGUUCAUUUUCAUUCGGUGUUAGUGAGAUAAUUAAGGAACCCGUAUCAUCAUGGUAUAAAUUACUGAAUCAAGAGGAAGGAGAAUUCUAUUCUUUACCGUGCAUCGAUGAAGCUGGUACAGCUGUACUGGAAUUACGUAAGCGUAUGGAGCGUAUGUCUACAGAACACUUAAAUCUAACUAAUAAUCAAAGCAGAGUUACACAUUCAUCCAUCACAUCACAGCACAAACCGGAUAUCCCUCGACCAAGCGACUUCAAUUUUCUUGUUGUCUUGGGAAAAGGCAGUUUUGGAAAGGUUGUUCUUGCUGAACAAAAGCAUAUGGAUGAAUUAUUUGCUGUGAAAAUCUUGAAAAAAGAUGUAAUUUUGCAGGAUGAUGAUGUAGAAUGUGCUAUGACUGAGCGUAGAGUGCUUGCUCUGCCGAAUAAAUCUCCUUUUCUUGUUCGACUGCAUUCAUGUUUCCAGUCUAUGGAUCGACUGUACCUUGUGAUGGAAUAUGUAAAUGGCGGAGAUCUUAUGCACCGUAUUCAACAAGAGGGAAAAUUUAAAGAACCUGUUGCUGUAUUUUAUUCAGCUGAAAUUGCAUUGGGCUUGUUCUACCUACAUAAUCAUGGGAUUAUUUAUAGGGAUCUAAAAUUGGAUAACAUUUUAUUGGACAGUGAAGGUCAUAUUAAAAUUGCUGAUUUUGGCAUGUGUAAGGAGGGCAUAUUCGAUGAUAAGAAGACACGUACAUUUUGUGGUACACCUGAUUAUAUUGCGCCUGAAAUUAUUGCUUAUGAACUGUAUGGAAAAUCUGUGGAUUGGUGGUCAUUCGGAGUACUCAUCUAUGAAAUGCUUGCCGGUUUGCCACCGUUUGAUGGUGAAGAUGAAGAAGAGUUAUUUCGAAAUAUUGCUUCUCAGGAUGUGGCCUAUCCUAGACAUAUGUCUAGAGAAGCUUGUAUGCUGUGUCGUAGUUUGCUUGUUCGAAAUCCUAAAGAACGACUUGGUUGUGGGCCGAAUGGGGAAAGAGAUAUACGACAACAUCAGUUCUAUCGUCGAAUCGACUGGCAUAAACUAUCAAACUUGGAAAUCCAACCACCAUUCAAACCCCGCAUUAAAAAUAAACGAGAUGUUACCAAUUUUGAUGCAGAAUUCACUAAGGAACAGCCUAGAUUAACGCCAACAGAUAAAUUAUUUAUCAUGAAUUUGGAUCAGACGGAAUUUUCUGGUUUUCUUAUGUGAAUCCUGAAUACAUUCUAGAGGUGUAAUUUAGUAUUUAAGGCUUUUCAAGUUUUGUUGGCCAUUAUUAUGUUCUUCUGCCAAGUGCAUAACUAUGAGAUAUCAACUGGUAUUUUCAGAGAUGUAACUAACUCACAACACUGAUAAAUAAAAUCACUACUUAUCAGUCAAAGCAACCAGGAAAGAUUUGUUCAUUACUUUAUAUUCUGUUGGUUGAUGAUUUCAUUCCCUUCCUUAACUUUGUUUCAAACAAAACACUCGUGAUGUUACCUUUGUAUAGAAGUCAACAAACAGUUUCCUCAGUGAAAAAGUAACCUUUUUUAUUUUCAUUCUGUUCAUAUAAUUGAUCUUGUUCAACAUGGUUUAUUUCUACAUGUCCAUUAGACCAAUAAUCACUUGAUACUCUCAGUCUUUCGUCAAUGAUUACUGUCACUAGAUUGUUAUUUCUUUGAAAACGUUUCAGCUGUCGUCUUCGAUAUGAUUCUUUCUUUCUACAAGCACAUGUUAGUGUCCAUUUGUCGUAUUUAAUCUUUGCUUUAGAGUAACUUUUUUUUUAAAUAUUUUUCUUUUAUUAGUUUACUAAUGCUCUGCAUCCCGCUUAGAAGUAUUUGUUUCCUAAUUGAUUAUGCUAAAGAAAUGCUACCCACUUCCUUCUACUCUCCAGACUUUCUUUUCCCUCAUAUGCAGUUUAUAUUUGACGCUAAGAUGGUUUUCAAUAAUAUAUGAAUCCAAAUUUACAUUGGAUAAUUACGUGUUUUUUCAGUACGCUUACACUUGUCUCUUUCAUAUUUACCACUUUUCUCCUACAGUUAUAAUUGUGUAUUACGAUAUUGUUCCAUAGUGUACCGUUAUGUUUUUUUCGCCUAAUCACUGGGUUUAACAAAAAUUUUCUGUAAAACAUAAUUUUCAGUAAUACUCGUCUUCACUUCUACUCCACGUCUGUAUACUAACAGGCGGAUUUGGUUUGUAUUUUGAAAUCUUGUUGAACUCAAGUCUUUUUCACAUAUGCUAAACAUAUGAAUGUCAGCCAAGUAUUUUAUUGCUUGAAACUUAAUUUCUUACUUUCAUUUGGAUGUGCUCUAUCAUGUCAUUAGUCAGUAAUCAGAUAAUGCUAUAUCAGAAAAUCGUUACUCUUUGUGUGUGUGUGUGUGUGUUUGUGUACAUUUAUUUGGACAUUUACUAUGAAUAUCUUCGAAAUACCUAAUCAAUUAACGAUUUCUAAUUCCACUAAAUAUCAGUCCUGUGCACCUGUGUACUGUAAGGAUUGUUUAACUGGCUGUUUCCAAUUCUUCGUAUAGCCUUAUGUUGUUUCGUUAGUUAUUCGAACACACACAGUGAACUUGAAAAGUUUAAGAUUAAACUAAAAUACAAAUGUUCUCUGAUGAACAGUUUUAUCUAAAUUAUUUGUUACAAUCUAUUUUUACAAUAAAUCAUUGUGUGUUAAAAAUAUAAUAAUUAAGUGGUUGGAUAAAU